CUGCGGAAAAAGUGUCCUUCCAGACCUGGUGAAAUCUUGCGUGUAAGGGGGCAGAGGCAGGACGCAGAGGAAUAAGCAUAUACAUGACUUUCAAGUCGUGUUGAGUUCUCCAAAGGAAAUAAAUAAGUUAAUGUGAUGUAGGCCUUCUGAGAAAUUUAAGCAGAGAUUUAAAUAAUAAUAAGGAGCACCCCUUGGAAAAGCCGGGGGAAGACAUUCCAGACAAAAGGAAUUGUGACAUAUUGGAGGGAAAGGAUGAAGACCAUUGAGGCUGGAUCUGGGAGACCAGGAAGGAGAGUGGCUCAAGAUAGUAACAUUCUUUGAGCACUUAUUGUAAACUAGAAUCUUUAAUUACUGUUUAUUCAUUAUCUCAUCUAAUCUGCAUUAUAACCAUAGAGAAUGGGUUAUACCGUUCUAAUUCCUAUUUUACAGUUGCGGAAACUGAGAUAUAGAGGGGUUAAGGGACUUCCCUAAGGUUUUUAAAAGGUCAGUGAAUUCUCUGUUGAGAAAUGUUUCUUAAGGAAGCUAUAGCGGAAGCAGUGAGACAAGGAAUCAAAGAUCUAAUUUUGUUGUGUGGCCGAAUUUUCCUACUGCUUGCUCUUCUUACAGUAAUUAUUUCUGUGACUACUUCAUGGGUUAACUCGUUUAAAUCUUCCCAAGUCUAUCUGAAAGAAGAAGAAGAGGAGAAUGAGAAAAGGCAAAAACUUGUGAGGAAAAAACAACAAGAGACACAGGGUGAAAAGGCCAGCAGAUACAUAGAGAAUGUUCUAAAACCUCACCGGGAAAUGAAAUUGAAAAAGCUGGAAGAACGCUUUUAUCAGAUGACGGGUGAAACCUGGAAGUUAAGCAAUGGUCAUAAACUUGGGGGUGAUGAAGAUUUGGUGCUCGAAAGUGAGAGUCAGACAUCUUUUGAAACAUCAAACAGAGAAGCAGCAAGAAGACGGAACUUGCCUAAACGUUUAACCAAAGUUUCACCACCCGCUGAACAGCCCAGGCAGAAGGAGGUUCUUAAUUUACCUGAAGAACCUCCUGAAACAGCUGAAGAAGCAGUGACUGUUGCUCUCCGAUGUCCCGGUGGGCGUGUCCUGAAGAGAAGGUUUUUUAAGUCUUACAGUUCACAGGUCUUGUUUGACUGGAUGAUGAAAAUUGGGUACCACCCAUCCCUAUACAGCCUUUCCAGCUCCUUUCCCAGAAGGCCUCUGGAAGUGGAGGGAGGCUGGUCACUGCAGGACAUAGGAAUAACCGUGGAUACUGUCCUCAAUGUGGAAGAGAAAGAGCAGAGCAGCUAGUUAAGAAAUGAGACCUGCCUGUUCUACACGAGUCAGUUGUGCCAUGACCUUACAGGACAAUAAAGGAUUCACAUUAAAAUCGUGUCUAUUACCUUGACUGAGCUCAAGGCAGUAAACACUCUCCAUGGGAACAUAUGGACAUAAAGGAGUAGAAAAGGAUUGCCUUCUGCAUAUAGUAAUUUUUGGAGUGUGCCAUCUGACAGUGUCCCAGAUGAGAACUAGAUAGAAAUGAGCACAGUAAGGUACUCACUCAUUUAUAUUUUCCCUAGCUGAUGUCAUUUAGCAGUUUGUUGAAAAACAAAGUCGUGUGACUUUGUUCUGUCUUCCUACACUGAGCAUUUCACAGUUCAGCCAGCCUCUUUUAAAGUCUUAUACGUAGGAAUGUUUACUCCACUGUAUUUCUAGAAAUUAAACUUUGAAGACAUUUCAAAGCUCUUUUAAGGCCUUAAAGUUCUUUUUGAUAGUAAACGUUGUACUAAUGUUUACUUAAUUAAUGCUUGAGAUUAUUUCCUUUCACCUUGCGUUAAAUUGUAACAUUUACAGCAUUCCAGGCAGACCAGUAUUUUUAAAAAUAAUACAAUGAAAACAUGGAAA